AUGUUAAUGAAGUAUAGAUCCCGUCGAAAGAAACAACCAGUUGCUAAUGAUGGAAUGGGAUGUGGAGCAGGUUUGCAUCCCACUAUAAAAAGACGGCGUGUACUAGCAGAUACCACCAACAUUCUGGUAAGACCAUUCAGUGUCCCUUUCAAAAAUAGAAACAUAAAGACGAGAGUUUGUAAUGGAAGGGAGGAAAUCAGAAAAGCCCGACUGAAGGGCCCAAAGUCUUACGCUGAGGAUGGAGGUGAACAAAUUAUUAAUGUUGAUGAUGCUUAUAAUGCCUUGGAAGGAAGAAGUGUGGAGAAAAAGAAGCAUGCACUUCUACCAAGAAAUUUCAGUGGUUCCAUGGAAAUGACACACCAGAAGCUAACAUCAAGAUUCUUCAUACCAUUCAAGGCUGAUAAGGAUGGAGAAAUACGAUACAGAUACAAUCGGCCACCGCCACCGUUAGGAAACAGGAAAAAGGUGUAUUUUCCACCAAAGCCACUUCACGAUCCAAUGGGCCAGUAUGCCAUCGUGCUGUACGACCCCACAGUAGAUAUUAUUCCAGAGGAAAAGGAGGAAGAAGGCAAUGGUGAAGAUUCAAACCAACUUAAUGAGCAGAAUGCCUCAAAAUCACCUACACCAGAAACCAGCGAUUCAGAUAACAUUAUCAAUGAGAUAGCUAGAUCGUAUAGAAGAAAAUGGAGACAGCCGAACAGGUCAUUGAACGAUCUGCUAGAUAUAAAUCCAGAUGAGGACCCAUCUAGCAAGUUUCCGAAUGUUCCAGUGGUUAUUGAUCCAAAAUUGGCGAAAGUGCUCAGACCUCAUCAAAUAUCAGGUGUCAAGUUUCUUUACAAAUGUACGUCUGGUAUGGUGGAUUCAAAGGCAAAGGGGUGUAUUAUGGCUGAUGAAAUGGGCCUUGGUAAAACUUUACAAUGCUUGACGCUCAUGUGGACUUUGAUGAAGCAAGGUCCACGUGGGAGGAAAACUAUCAACAAGUGUAUUAUCGUCUGCCCAUCCUCUUUGGUGAGAAACUGGGCUAAUGAGAUCGAUAAGUGGCUCGGAAAGGGAAGUCUCAAGUAUCUGGCAAUGGAUGGUAGAUCAACUAAGGGAAUAACCGUAGGUGAUGCUCUUACAAGGUGGGCAAAUGCCAAGGGAAGUUCAAUUGUCACACCAGUUCUCAUUAUAAGUUAUGAGACACUUAGGAGAAACAUUAUGCAUUUAGAUUGCGAAGUGGGCUUGAUCUUAGCGGAUGAGGGCCAUAGAUUAAAGAACGGAGACUCGCUUACAUUUAACGCGUUAAAUUCACUUAAUUGUACAAGAAGAGUGAUUCUUUCUGGUACGCCAAUACAAAAUGAUCUUUCAGAAUACUUCUCUUUGCUUACAUUUGCAAAUCCGGGCUUACUAGGCUCACGGGCUGAGUUCCGUAAGGACUAUGAAUUGGAUAUAUUAAGAGGAAGAGAUUCACUCGCUACAGAUAAAGAACGUGAAAAGGGUGAUCAGAAGUUGAGAGAUUUGACCGACGUUGUUUCGAGAUUUAUCAUACGGAGAACUAAUGACAUUCUUUCAAAAUACUUGCCGGUCAAAUAUGAAUAUGUGAUCUUUUGCGAACUAUCGGACCUACAGAAAAAGUUAUACAAAUAUUUCCUUACAUCACCUGAGAUUAAAAGAUUGAUGAGAGGGCAGCAUUCACAGCCCUUAAAAGCAAUUGGAAUGCUUAAAAAGCUUUGUAAUCAUCCGAACUUGUUGACUCUUCCGAGUGAUAUAAAAGGAUCCGAAAAGAUCCUUCCUGAGGAUUAUGUGGAUCCUCAUGGAUACAGUCGGGUUCACGAAAUACAGACUUGGUACAGUGGUAAAUUUUCUAUGCUAGAGCGGUUCUUAUUUAAAAUUGAUCGGGAAACAGAUGAUAAGAUAGUCGUUAUUUCUAAUUACACACAAACUUUGGAUUUAGUGGAAAAGCUCUGCCGUCAAAACCGGUUUGGCUGUUUGCGGUUAGAUGGAACAAUGAACAUCAACAAGAGGCAGAAGCUUGUGGAUCGAUUCAAUGAUCCGGAAGGUAAACAAUUUGUAUUUCUUUUGAGUUCAAAAGCAGGUGGUUGUGGAAUUAAUCUUAUCGGUGCCAAUCGUUUAGUAUUGAUGGAUCCGGAUUGGAACCCUGCCUCAGAUCAGCAAGCUUUAGCCAGAAUAUGGAGGGAUGGCCAGCAAAAGCAUUGCUUCAUAUAUAGAUUCAUAUCAACGGGUACAAUUGAAGAAAAAAUAUACCAACGUCAAUCGGCAAAAAUGCAACUUUCAUCGUGUGUUGUGGAUUCAAAUGAAGACGUCGAAAGACUUUUCUCUAGUGAAAACUUGAGACAGCUUUUCCAGUAUAAUAUGGGCACGGUGUGUGAAACACACGAAACUUUCAAAUGCAAACGGUGUGACGCUAAGACUAAAAAGCAAAGAAUAAAACCUAAAAUGAUGCUUUACGGUGAUGCUACCACAUGGAACCAUAUCUGUCAUGAUGAUCUGGAAAAGAAUGAGGACUUUCUCAUUCAAAAUGAAUCACAGUUUGAUACCAUAAGUUAUGCUUUCCAAUAUAUAUCUCACUGA